AUAUUGACUACCCUUGUAAAAGGAAUUUGUAAACCAGUAACCUGCAAAAUCCGCAUUUUGCCCUCAGUUGAGGAUACUCUGAACCUGGUAAAGAGAAUAGAGAAAACUGGUAUUGCUGCCAUUGCAGUCCAUGGAAGGAAGAAGGAGGAGAGGCCUCAGCACCCUGUCCACUGUGAUGUGAUCAAAGCCAUAUCUGAAGCAGUCUCCAUUCCAGUGAUAGCAAAUGGAGGAUCUCACGACUUCAUCAAAGAAUAUACGGACAUUGAGGCCUUCCAGAAAGCAACAGCUGCCUCAUCGGUAAUGAUAGCUCGUGCUGCCAUGUGGAACCCAUCUAUCUUCAGAAAAGAGGGUCUUUUCCCCUUGAAGGAAGUCAUGCAAGAUUACAUCAAAUACGCAGUGAAAUAUGAUAAUCACUAUACCAACACAAAAUACUGUUUGUGUCAGAUGUUAAGAGAACAGUUGGAAACUACUCAGGGUAAGAAGCUGCAUGCUGCGCAGUCCACACAGGAGAUCUGUGAAGUCUUUGAAAUGGCUGACUUGUAUGAAGAAACAACAGCUAUUUUUGAAGCAAAGAAAGCAUCUUUAGAAACUGAGACACAAGAUGAAGAUGGUGAAAUGGAAGACCCAGAUGUAAUAAAAAUGGCUGUUAGAUUUGACAAGCGAGAAUAUCCACCACAGAUUACUCCGAAAAUGUAUCUUCUGGAGUGGUGUAGGAAAGAAAAGCAUCCUCAGCCUGUUUAUGAAACUGUUCAAAGACCACUGGAUAGAUUAUUCUGUUCAGUAGUGACAGUAGCUGAGCAAAAAUACAGAUCAACUUUGUGGGACAAGUCAAAGAAGCUAGCAGAACAGGCUGCAGCUAUUGUCUGUCUGAGAACAUUGGGUGUCCCAGAGGGAAAGCUGUGUGAGGGAGAAAAUAACCUGAUUAACAAACGCAAGAGGGAAGACUGGGAGCACUUGAAUAACAGAGAGCAUGGAGAAGAUAUUGCUGAGCCUUCGCAUAAAAAGGCUAAUUUUAUUGAAGAACCUUCUGACAUAAAUGUGCCUAAGAUGCCACGAUAGCAUGGAAAUCAGAGGUUGCACGCUUCUGCGGCUACAAAUUAGCUCCUGUUUGUAUGUCUUGCUGUUCACAUUUCAUUUGGAUUCUCCUGGAGACAGAUAAAUUCCCCGGUUGUGAAAAAUGCCAAUGAGAUGUUUACUGUUCACCACUCACUGUCCCUAUGGUGCCUUUCAGACAGGAUGAAUUAGCAACUUGAUUUUAAAGAACAUUGAGAAGAUUAUCCCAGAUAAUAAAUUUUUUAAAAUAUCAGAUAUUUUCAAAG